GGGAAUUUGACUGCCAGAAGUUGAGAGCACACAUUUUUAGUUUGCAAACAGGAUUUUAUUUCUUUGUUCUCAACUUGUAAUGAUUGGAGUCAAAAUUUCUGCCCUCUUUCAAGUUUUUGCUGUGCUCUCUCAAAUCUUUGUGUAUAGGCUCAGAUUUUCUCCUUGCUUGCAAAACUUCUCUGCACGGAUUAACUCCUACUGCGCAAUAUAACACUUUCAUUAUUUUGGCUGAAAUAUUGCCAGGCAAUGGUACUUUUUUGCUUUUAGAGAGAGCAGAAAAUAAUUCACAAGCAAGCAGAGAGGUUUGCGAACAUCCUCUGUAGGCAGUCUUAGAGUGUUGGUGUUACCACCUCAUAUUUAGCCUUCUACCUUGAUUUUGUUUUUUCUUUUAGCGUCUGUCGGGACAGGGCUAUUGUUUUUCUGCCUCCCUGCCUCCAAUGCUGGCUGCAGCUGCCAUCGAGGCUCUGAACAUCAUGGAGGAGGAUCCAGGUAUUUUCAUUGUUCUAAGAGAAAAAUGCAAACAUGUUUAUAAAGCUUUACAAGGAAUUCCAGGUCUGAAGUUGGUAGGAGAACCAUUUGCCCCAGCUCUUCAUCUACAACUCGAAAAAAGUUCCGGCUCCAGAAGCUCCGACAUGCAGCUGCUCCGCUCCAUUGUAGAUUAUUGUUUGGAACGAAAGGUUGCUUUGACUCUUGCUCAGUAUCUGGAAAAAGAAGAGCGAUUCCUUACCCCUCCCAGGUAAGGAAACUAUUACAGUAUUUAGUGUAGCUCUAAUUUGUAUGUUGCGCCUAGGUGCAAUAGGAAUAAGACAGUUAUUACAAAAUGACAAUAAAACAGAAUCUUCACUUUAAUGUGGUAGAAGGGUUUGGUAUCCCCUGAACCUAAGCAAAAGUUAUCUGGGACUUUGGCACCUGUUAUGGACUAAGAUU